AUGCAGUAAUAGAAACCUCAAUCUACUUGUUGUCAUUUUCAAAAGAUCCUUCUUUAAAGAAGUACACCUCAAGUUCAUAACUCUCUCACUAAAUUAUUAGUACUAAUUUUUAUUAAUUGAUAUCAAGGUGUUAUUCAAAAAUAAGUAAAUAAAAUGUGAGAUCUGUUAAAGAAAAUAAGAUUAAAUGAAUAUCUGUUUGAAAUGUGAAAAACCUUUAUGUGAUAUUGAAAAAAUAUGUUCUACAGAGCAUUUAAGAUGUAAAAAUAUUGAAUUUAUAAUUAGUAAAUAGUCCUGAACAUUGUGUGAUAAUUAAUAUCCACUCAAAUCUAAUUGCAUGUUUGUUGUGUAAAAUAGAAAUUUAUGAUUUUGAGCAAACCUAAUAAAAUGAAGAAGAUCAAUAUAUUGAAGAAACUAUUAAUCCUUAAAAGAUAAGGAUGGAAUAUCAUAAAUUCUUUUAUAAAUAAGAACUUCGUAAUUCUGAAUUGAAAAAUCAAAAAAAUGUUCAACAUGCUGGAAUGUUAAACAUCUGUAAUAAUAGCCAUUUGAAUUGUGUUUUAUAAAUAUUACUAAACUAUCCAGUAAUCUAGUAAAUACUUCAAAAGAUCAAUUAUGAAUAUGAGAAAAAUGAAUAUAGUUUAAAAUCUAAUAGGAAAUAGAUUCUUAGAGAAUUAAGUGCAAUUGCUUCAAUUUAUUCAUAAAAUCAAUAUAGAAUCAUAAAUCCUUCGGUAUUAAUUAAAAAUCUUGCGUUACUUGAUUACAAAAUUAUUGGAUAUUCUAGAAAAGAUGCAUAUGUAAUUUAUAUAUUAUUUACUUUUUAUAGGAUUCUUUCAAAACAAUUAUUAACUUUUUAAAUGAAGAGUUCAAAUUUUCAAAUUUAAAAACAUACUUUAAAAAUGAUCUGAUUUACACAAAAUAAGCUCUAGGACAUGAUUGGAACAUAAUGUACACUCUAAAAAGUAGUUAGUGCUGAUCCUAGUUUAUAUAUGGAAUAUUCAUUUAUUCAAAGUAUAUUUUCUGGAGAACUUAUUUCUAACCUUGAAUGUUUGAAUUGUAAGAAAGUUACAAAGUCUGUUGAAUAAUUCUCAGCAUUAUCCCUAGAAUUACCAGAAUUAAAACAAUAAGGAUUUUUCAAAUAAUUUGUAACUAAUUAGAAAUAGACAAUUUCAUUAAAAGAAUGUCUUGAUUACUUUUAUGAACCAGUGAUUGAUUCAUUUACUCUAUGUAGUUGUGGUACCAGAUCAUCUAAGAGAAAAUAUAAUUUUUAAUAAUAAUCCAAUUUAUUAUGUAUUCAUUUACAAAGAUUCUUGAAUAAAAGCUAAAAGGAUACAAAACAUGUUUCAUUUCCAAUAAAGGAUCAUAACUUUUAAGACUAUUUUAAUGUAUGAUUUUGAUUUUAAUAAAUAAUAGUUUGAUAGUGAAUAGAAUUAUAGACUUUUUGGUAUUGUUGUACAUUUACAUGAUUAAGGUGGGGAUCAUUUUGAAACAAUCUUAAGAUAUCAAAAUUCACAAUUUCUUAGCAUUAAAGAUGAAAUGAUUGAAAUAGUUUAAUAAAAAUAUGUUGAAGAAUGUGAAGCUUUAUUGUUGUUUUAUGAAAAAGUUGAUAAUUAAUUAGAUCCAUUUAAAACAAGUCUUCGAAAAAACUUGUAAAAUUAACAUAAUAUGAUUUCAAAUCAAGAAUUAUCAUUAAAAGAUGAAGAAUUAUGUUAUUUACCACAUUUUUGGUAUGAAUAAUUUUUAUAUCUUUCAAAACCACCUUAGAUUAUAACAUCUCAUUUAAUUUGUCCUCAUAAUCUAUUAAAACCUGAUUAUUGGGAUUUUAGAUUAGAAUAUGAAGUAACAAUAUAAUUAUAAUCAGAAUGCUAAUUCAGUUUAAUUAAAUUCCUAAUUAGAUACUAAUACAAGUUUCAUUACUAUAGUUGAAGUCCAGAAUUCUAAUUCACCUGCUAAUAUCUAAGAGAGUUCUGCCUAAAAAUAAUUAUAGCUAACAUCAAUCAUUAUUCCAAAAGCAGUGUGUGAAUUUUUAAUAGAAAAGUAUGGAGGAGGUCCAAUAAUUGAGAAGAAUAUUAAAACUUGUAGUGCUUGCAUUGAAUAUGCUUAAUAGAUGAGUAGAAGAAGGAAAUUAGAGAGACAAUUAAUAAUGAAAUAUGAAAAUUUACAAGGAUAUGACAGAAUAUAUUUUGUCCAUGAGGAAUGGUUAAGAAAAUGGCAAAUUUAUCUUUAUAAUUCAAAGUCAAUUUUAUAGAGAAAUAGUUUAUUUGGAUAUCCUCCUCCUGGAGAGAUUACGAAUUAUUUAUUAUUGGAUAAGGAUUAGUAGAUUAUAUAAUAAAAAAAAGAUGGCUAACAUUUUCAUAUGAUAACUGCACCAAUAUGGCAUAUUUUAUAAGAAAUAUAUGGAGGAGGCAAGAUAUUUAAUUAAAAAUAGGUCCCACUAUUUCCAUUAAUCCUCACUAACAACAAUAUUAACCGUUUAAAUUAUAAAUGGAUGAUCUUCUUUAGAUAAAAGAGUUUAAAAACUUAUAUCAAAGCUGUAUCAAUUAGUACAAACCAGAAAUUUAACAAUGAUAAAAAUGUUUAUAAAUCUUAAAGAUUAUUAUUAAUUAAUUUUGAAAACAUUAUAAACAUAAAAAAAUAUAUUUUUUAAAUAAUAAAACUAAUUAACUUUCUUUCAGUUAAAAAAUUAAGAAUUGUCUUUAAAGCGUACUUAAAUUUUUGA